CUAAGGCUGACGAGAAUAAGGUUGACCAAGACAUAGUCAGAACCCAAAAAUGACUGGCUUUAUUUCGUUUCCCCAACAAACAGUUGCACCUCUCCACGUGAAACCUUAGGAUGUCUACAAUAGAACAUGGAACAUCUCCCUUCUCCAAUUGGGAACGUGUCCCCCCAUUACUUUGUUUGAAGUUUCGCGCUCUUCAAGUUGCGUUUUGACGUCGAGUAGGUAGGCAUGAACGAUGAGGGAGCCAUGAGGAAACAAAAACAAAUAAACAUGACAAAAAAUGGUAACAAUGACAAAGAAAGGUUGUUAAAAGGUUGGAUAACUUAUGGCCUUUGAACCGACCCAUUCUCGUCGAUUUGCUUGGAUCUAUUCCGACUAUCGGAGGUGCCAUCAUCACUGCCUUGACUCUCCCCGGCCUUCAAUCCUUAUGUACGUCUGUUACUAUUGAGCCAAAAGAAAGUCCAUGUAGUGUCCAUACAUACUCGCACCUACAAAGUGUGCAACAGUAAGAAAAAACGAAGCGGAAAAAGAAAUUUGGGCAGAAAUAACAUGAGGCGCUUUGGGUGGGGGAAAGCAGCCGCACUGAUCGCACCUGUAUUCGUAUAAGUCAACAAUUCGCUGGCCUUGCCGAGCCCAAAACAGGACGGGGUAGCCCAGUGACACACGUGCAUUUUGUGCCAAUUCAUUUCGUGUCAAUUCGACACUUCGACGCGUGAGGUUUCAGACAACCACUUUAAUAAUGGCCAAUCAAUUCCGAGGCAUGUGGCCUUAUCUGGCUUUGGGCGCUCAACUUUACUUGUUCUACUCGAUCGAGAAUUGGGAAACACGAGCAGCUCUCCUGGCCUUCAUGGCUUACCAAUUUUGGAAGACGUCCAGGAACAAUGGACCCGCGCCAACGGGCAGCCAUCCAAGAUCCUAGAUCGCUCAUUCCAAUAUUUGUUUAUCGUGCUCUCGUUUUGAUACCAAUUGUUUGUAUUUCAUAACCCCGUGAGCGUGCGUGCUUUUGUACAGACGAAUAAAGGUACGGGUCUCAAAGAAAAGGCUCCCAUAUUUCGUGAAGGCCAUGAUCUUCGGCAUGUCAAGGAAGUGCUUCCAGCUUGGUAGACGGAGAGGACAAGUAAUGGUGGCGACUACUUUGGUCCUCUGGGGGGUUGGGAUUCCAUUUGCGAGUGGCGCUGGAGGGAGCACUCGACUCAAGGACAUUGAGGAGAGCCAAUUCAAGGACAUGGUCGAAGAUAUUGGGCACAUCCAGAAGGAAUUCGAAGAUCUUUUCACUGAGGCGGAUCUUCAAGCCAUGGAUCCUGACGAAUUGGCCUUCACUUGGUUUUCGGCGCAUGAUGGCGAUCAAUCCGGUAGUCUGGAUGGCUUGGAGAUAUUCAAAUCUGUUCUCCAUUCCCACACACCGGCCACACCCCCGCCAGCCCCCGGAGGUUGGGCGGCCGAAAACCCAAUGGAGCCCCCGGAGAUGACCAUUCCCCAAGAACAUAUUGAUGCCACGACAAGUUUGGUGGAUGACCUAUUGGACAAUCACGAUUGGAACAUGGAUGGGUUACUUGACUUUUCAGAAUUUAUGAGUUGCUUCUCGGAAAACAAGGAGAAACUGAACGUCUAGACGAGCUAGUAUUCAAGAUUGGAUGAAAUCAAGGACACCGAGUAUCCGAAUGUUUGAUAUGACAUUGGGUGAGAAAGUCAUACAGUCAUAUGUGCUGGUCCAUGAUUUAGCAAUCUUGUCAGCCAGAUUAAAGGCCUUCAUAUUUGAUCAUGAGCAACAACGUGUGAGAAAAGAACAGUUUGACACAAUGCCCUUUUGGUUUUACCAUUCUACGUACGUAUAACCCUAUCUCAUUUGCUGAUUACUGUAUUAAUGACAUGUUACUUAAUGACGCUAAAACAAAAGCUGAUAUACAUA